AACACUUUACAGUUGGUUGUGUGACUGUACAUCAUUCCCUUCAAAUGCUACUGAAGUUAGAAACGUGUAAAACAAUGUCGUGUGUAACUUUAGAGACGGUCCCUUAAUUUCCGCAUUUCUGAGAAUAUCGAACGUCCAACGUCAAACCAACUUUAUUCCAGUGUUAAACCGUGCAGGAUUACUCUGAUAGUUUUCCCUGUAGGCUGUUCACUCCUGCAUGCGUGCUUUAAUGACACUGUUUACAGACCUGCUGUUUCGUCUGCUUACUCAGUUAACUUUUGCUUUUUCAGUCGUUUGCUUUCUAACUCGAGUCUAAUCGGCACUAUUCGGUUUCACAUCGGGUGAUUAAUCAGCACAGAUCUUUCUGUAGAGACGCUUAUUGAGAAGCAGUGGUGGAGCUCCGGAUCUCUCCUGAUGGAUUUACACGCUGUGUGCUGCUCUCUGCUUCUGCUGUCAUGUACAGGAGUAUGUUUUGGAAAAGAGCUGUUAUUACCUGAGAUAAUAAAUACAGCAGUUGGGGAGAAUGUGGUGAUUACCCCAAUCAUUAUUCCGGAUCGCCCACAUUUGUCGAUCAAUUGGAUUUUUAAUGAGAUCACCAUUCUUUAUGGACCUCCGAGUGGAAUUACAAUAUAUCCACCGUACACUGACAGAGUCAGUCUGGACCCCACCACUUAUGCUCUGGAGCUCAGGAGCCUGACUGAGAGUGAUAUUGGAACAUAUUCUCUGAUUGUACAAACUCCGACAAAGAUAUUCAAAAGUAAAACCUCACUGCAUGUGUUUGUGCCACCCUCCAAUGUUAUCAUAGUACCAAGUAAAACAGAGCUGGUUGAAUUCAGCAGCACUGUGAGUCUCGUCUGCUCUGCAUCUGGCUCCUUUCUUACAUUUAUUUGGCUGAAUGGCAGCUCUGAGGUAAGAGCAGGGGAGCGAGUUCAGCUAACAGACAACAACAGCAGUCUGACCAUUACUAGUGGGAUCAGAUAUGACACAGGCCCAUACCAGUGUGAAGCAUCCAGCAUCUACGGCAAAGCAAGGAGUCCUCCAUUGAAGCUCACCAUUUACUAUGGUCCAGAAAAUGUUGCUGUUGAAGCAGAUCCAGUGAGACCCUUCUACAGCUCUGGGUCUAACCUCAUACUGACCUGCUCAGCUGAGUCCAACCCUGCUGCUGAGUUUCAGUGGGCUGUGAAUGGAGCAAAGCUUGGUGAAAUGGGCCAAGAGAUCAGACUGAGCAACAUUCAGAGCAGUCAGAGUGGCAAUUACACCUGCAUCGCCUAUAACAAGCAGAGCCUGAAUUACUCCAUGUCUGAACCCAUCAGCAUCACUGUACUAGAAAAAAUAUCUGGAGCAGCACUUACUGGACCAACAGAUGAUCUAAUAGAAGAUGUUUCCUCUGCUACAUUAUCCUGUAAGGCAAAUGGAACCAUCUACAGUGCUGAAUGGAUGAAAGAUAAUCAGAAACUGUCAGCUAGCGACAACAUCACAUUCUCGAAUGAUAACAGAUCAGUGAUGAUCAGUCCGGUGAGUAGAAGAGACAGUGGUGAAUACCAGUGUACACUCAGCAACCCCUUCAGCUCUGACACUGCAACAUACAGAAUGACUGUUAACUUUGGACCAGAUAAUGUGAUAAUUGAUGGACCAUUUGCAGUGGAGGAAGGAAAUAAAUUGACACUGUCUUGCCGUACUGAAUCUACACCAAAUGCCUCGUACAAAUGGAUGUUUAAUGGGACUUUACCUGAAGUGAAUACAGCUGUAUUUACUGUGGAACAGGUCACCUCUGUGCACACUGGAAAUUACACCUGCAUUGCCUCCAAUCCUGUAACCAGAUGUAAUGCCUCUGCAUCCCAUGUUUUGGAAGUAAAAGAAAAAGUCUCUAUGGGUGGAGGUAGAGAUUCACUGUCUGCAGGAGCUAUAGCUGGGAUUGGUUCUGGAGUUUUAUUGGGUGUUGCUGGAAUUGCUGGUUUGAUUAUCUGCUUUAUUAAGCGCAAAAUGAGGAUAGAAAGAACCUCCAGAGGAAAUAAGCAAAAUCGAGAUCUCAAUCUGAUCAAGCAUCUGUGGGAUGUGCUGCACAAACAAGUCCAAUCAAUGGAGGCUUCACCUUGCAACUUACAGGACUUAAAGGAUCUGCUGCUGACGUCUUGGUGCCAGAUACCACAGCACACCUUCAGAGGUCUUGUGGAGUCCAUUCCUCGAUCGGUCAGAGCUGUUUUGGUGGCACAACAACACAAACUGAAGAACAGCAUGAGUGGUACUAUCCAGACGUCAGCCAUCUUCGGUACAAUCAAAGGCAGCAAGGAAUAGCAGCCAUGCCAAUGGCUCACGCACCUGCUCAUGUGUCUCAGCAUAAUAAGGUGCUUGAAGUGGUAUGCAGUACCUGCAUUUGUGUUUUUCUUUUUCCAUAAUCUUCUGGUAGUGCCAAUGCCUAGCAACAGAAUUAAUUACAGUACAUUUUCACUACAUGAUAUAAAAGUGGAGCAAGUUUAGUUCAAAGUAUGCACAUAGUGUUAUUGUAUGGGUUUGUAUAGUGGUUAUGCUUCACAUACACAUAUGUAACUACAUGACAUUCUUAAGAGCAUGCACAUGUAGGGGUGCCCAAAGUACUGAGAAGUUAUACUUGCAUGACAGUAUAGAUAUGUACUCAAUUAAAAGUGGACAUAUCAAAACAAACAAAAAAAGUACUCACGUAAAUGUAAAAAGUUGCUACUUUUAAAAUGUACACAAGUAUUAAAAAGUAAAUGGUUUGAACUAAUGAAAUUCAGCUAAUGUCAAUUUCCUGUGAAAAGUAACUUUUACUUAUCCAAAAUUAUUAGAAGAUACACCGUUUUUCUGUUAGUGCAGUAUUUACCAUUGACUAGCCAAUUAUGUUUCUUACUGGAAUCAAUGCUAAUCUAAUCUGGCAUUAGCAAAGAAAACAGGCUAGUUUAAUUAAAUAUAGCUAGUUAAUGUUAGCAAGUUAGCUAACAUCAGCUAGCUUUGCUUAGUCUAGCACUGUGGUUUUCAAAGUGGGGGCCGCCAGGGGGCGCCCUCAACAAUUUGGUGUGAAAAAUAAAUUCUCACUCUCAGACAACCACACACAGACACAAUCAAUUCCUAAUGUAAUGUAAUGUAAAGAUGUAAGAUGUAAUUAUUAAUAAAAAGGGAUAUAUGUUCAGAAGUCUGUAUUUUUAAUGUGUUUUAAAGACAUCUUGCUAAAGGGGGGCUUCGGUCAAAUGUUAAUGCCAUUUGGGGGGCCUUGCCCUGGAAAAGUUUGGGAACCACUGGUCUAGCAUAUUGAGUCAUUUGACUAAGGUAGGUCCAGGAGCACUCACCCUCAACUUCCACACUGUAGUCCAGUGGCUUAUCCGUAUUCAAAUGCAAACAGAUAAAUAUAGCGCUAACAGCAAUGUAUAGCAUGAGAAGCUCAUG